AUGGAUGUGAACUUGGUCACUGUUCUGGUUAUUCUAGCAGUCACGGCUAGUCGAACAUCUGAAACUUUGUUUCCUGGAGCCUUUAACUGUUGCAUGAAAAUUUCAGAUGAAAUUCCCAAAGGAAUUCUCCGAAGAGUGGAGAGGUUUGAAAUCCAGAAAGCAGAUGGCCUGUGUCACCUAGAAGCUGUUAUUCUCUACAUAGAAGGCAGGAAGUUCUGUGUGAAUCCUUGGAUUAGAAAAGUUAAAAAAUGGAUGAAGAAGAAUAAGCACAAGAUUCCCCCCAAAAAAACUCAUGGCAGACAUCAGAGAAGAACCAAAAUUAUUAAAAGGAAACAAAAGAAACAGUAA